AUGACGACCACUCCUGAGCCCAAUGAGGCCGAUUCUGCCUAUGGCGGUGACGGUGACGGUGACAGUGACCGACACAGUACUGUGUCCCUUGGUUCACGAGAAGGUCUCUGCUUCACGGAGGAGUAUGGACGUCGGUAUGCCGUGUUUGGUGAGAAUGAUUGCCUGUUCCCCAGCGAUGAGCAGGAGAAGGUUCGCCUAGAUCUCUUCAGUCACAUGAUCGAACAGGUUCUGGGCAAGCGACUCCACUGUGCGCCGGUCCACUUGUCUGCUGGGAAUGAGCGUGUGCUGGACGUCGGCACGGGGACGGGCAUUUGGGCCAUCAAGAUGGCAGAUCUUCAUCCCACCUGUCUGGUUACCGGGGUUGAUAUCAGCGAGAUCCAGCCUGUCUGGGUCCCGCCCAAUCUCGGGUUCGAGCUAUUCGACGUGGAAUCGCCAUGGACCUGGAGUCAUCCAUACACCUUCAUCUUCGCCCGUCAGCUGGGCGGUUCCAUUGUGAAUUGGUCUGGACUGGUUCGCCAAUGUUACGGUAACUUGGAGCCCGGUGGGUGGGUGGAAAUUCAACAACUCGACCUGGAGCACUAUGCUGAAGGCCCCUUGGCCCCCCAAGCCGGGAGCAGGGUGCGUGAACUGUGCGACUUGCUGUCCCUGGCUCUGUUCAGCUUCCGCCGCCGACUGGGUGUGGCUGGCCAUGUCGAAGACCUCCUUCGCAGGCACGGCUUCCAAAACAUCGUGCAUGGCCGCAUCAAGGUUCCUCUGGGGAACUGGCCAAAGGAUCCGAAAUAUAAGGAGAUUGGAUCCCUGCGGCAGUGGGAGUUAGAACGCGCACUUGAAGCCCUCACCCUCAAACCCUUCUGCAAAGGUCUGGGCUGGACCCCUGAAAAGGUCCGUGCCUUUCUCGACGAGGUCCGCAGCGAGAUCCGCAACAAGAAUGGGCAGGAAAAGGUCCAUCUAACGUCGACUCUGUGA